ACUAAAUCUAUACCAUAAUUGUAUUAAAAUUAUACCAGAUGCAAUAGUGAACUUACAAAUGCUAACUUACUUAAAUUUGAGUCGAAAUCAGCUUUCUUCUUUGCCAGCUUGCCUAUGCAGUCUUCCUCUAAAAGUCUUAAUUGCAAGUAACAAUAAGCUAGGUUCCCUUCCAGAAGAGAUAGGGCAGCUGAAACAGUUAAUGGAACUGGAUGUCAGCUGUAAUGAAAUUACAGCUUUGCCACAGCAAAUAGGCCAGCUGAAAUCUUUGAAAGAACUGAAUAUCAGAAGAAAUUACCUCGAAGUUUUACCCCAAGAACUAGUACAGCUCCCCUUGGUAAAGUUCGACUUUUCCUGCAAUAAAGUGCUUGUGAUUCCAAUUUGUUUUAGAAAGAUGGUGCAACUGCAAGUAUUAUUGCUUGAGAACAAUCCUUUGCAAUCUCCACCAGCACAAAUUUGUACAAAGGGUAAGGUGCAUAUAUUCAAAUAUCUGAGUGUACAGGCCUGUCAGAUUAAAUCAGCAGACUCACUGUAUCUUAAUGCCAUAGAACCACCACAUUUGCCACCGCCUGUGGAAGAGAGUAUUGAUGACAUCUUCCCCAGUAAGAAGGACUCUGACUCAGGUGUUGGCAGCGAUAACGGCGAUAAACGUUUGUCAGCAACAGAGCCAUCUGAUGAAGAUACUAUUAGCUUUAAUGUACCGAUGUCAGACAUCAUGGAAGAAGAUCAGUUUGUAAAAGAAGACUCAGGUCACCAUGCUAACUCAAGAAAAGUGGAAUUCCAUCAGGGAUCUGCUCACUUGGUUGUCAAUGAUAAGUCAAGAGAAACGGGAAACCAGUUUGUUGAUGGAUCGGAUACUCUCACUACUGAAUUUAUGAGUUACAUUAAGAGCAGAGCAGCAGAGUGUGAUGAAUUACUGCGAAUAGAAGAGGACGCACAAUGGCAAACAGAGGAAAUAAUAAAUUUGUCAGAAGAGCAAACGAUUGAUAUAGCAAUGAUAGAACAACUAAGAGAAGCAGUAGAUUUGUUACAGGACCCCAGCAGUCAAAUGCAGAUGGAGAUGUCCUCCCUUGCUCAGAAAGAAAAUGCUGAAGAGGAACUAGAAUUUCAGAAGAGGAGGGAAUUGAUUAUGGAGAAAAAGAAGACGGAAGCCAGAACAUGUGAACAGGGCAAAAGCUGGUCAUUGAGUCAGAAUGAUCUAAUAGUUUGGAAUACAAGUGGACAUAGUGCUCACAAUGAGAACAAGGAUAAAAGUCCGACAGUGUCUCCCACUGCAAACAACACAGUCCCUUUUGGCCUGAAGCCACGAUCAGAGCCAUCCCUCACUCUUCCUCCUAUCUCCUUCAACACACUUACACAGGCACAAACAUGGGACAGCUAUAGCUACAGUAUCCCCUCUGAAGGAGACAGUGACAAUGUGUUCUUAAGACCACAGAGAAAUUUGGAAUCAAUAGACCCACAAUUUACAAUUCGAAGGAAAAUGGAGCAGAUGAGAGAAGAGAGAGAGCUUGUGGAACAGCUACGUGAGAACAUAGAAACAAGACUAAAGAUUUGUUUGCCUGAAGACCUGGGGUCUGCUCUGAUGGAUGGCGUAGUUCUUUGCCAUUUAGUAAAUCACGUUCGUCCUCGUUCUGUAGGAAGUAUUCAUGUACCGUCACCAGCAGUACCUAAACUUAGCAUGGCCAAAUGCAGGAGAAAUGUGGAAAACUUUCUGGAUGCAUGUAGAAAACUGGGGAUACCAGAGGCUGACCUCUGCUCUCCGUAUGACAUCCUGCAGUCGGAUAUUCGUCACAUUCGAAAGACUGUUGACACUCUGCUCGCCCUCGGGGAGAAAACCCCACAACCAACUUCUACCUUUCGCUCCUGGGAUCUAAUAGGCUUUUGUCUUUUCCACAUACUUUUUAUAGUCUUGAUGUAUAUAACUUAUCACUGGAAUGUGCUAACAGCAUAACCUGUUCGCAUGCGCACACAAACUUUCUGCUUUAUCUCUGACAAAUUACAGGUACUUAAUUUCCUUCCUUUGUCUUGAAAACUUCUCCCUACCCCCUUGCUUCCCUUCCGUGUAAUAUCUUUAUUAAUCUCUCGAGUAGGGGAGAGAGGGAUUAGCAUCUUGAACCGAUCUGAAGGCAAGUCCCAUCUCUUCUCUCACACUCUAGCUGUAGUCCAAGCACUUAGGUACAUCUAUAUUUAUGGUUUGUUUUCCUUAUGUUGCGGAGACUACAUGCUAAAUAUGCUAAAGCAGUGAAGCCUCUCAUGUCCCAUUUUGGAGGAGGCUGGCUGUAUAUCCCAAACUGAAUAGAACGAAGCCUCUUUGUGUGAAGAACCUAGAAAGAUGCAAGCACUUCAGGAAUGGAGGUGGCAGUUCAACAGAUAGUAUUAUCUGAGCUGGUGUCAGUUAUCUCAACGUACAUUGUGCUAGGAGCACAUCCACAACCAUUUUUUCAAAUUACUGUAUUAUUUCAGUCCUUUAGAUUAAUAACAAAACUGUGUCUUUAAAGACUGUUGAUCCUUCCUACUGUUCUGAUUUAAUCACAUCCUGGGCCAGUUGCAUUUUUCUACUUAAACUUUGUUUGAACCUCUUCCACCAGGUUCACAGUAUUUUUUUUUUCCUUCUGUCACCCCAAGCAGUGUUGAACUGCUUUUAAAUACUGGCUGUGUUACACCCCAGAGAUGGCUGUGAAUUAGUGCUGGGAAUGCGAAACUCGUAACAGGCAAGGGGCUUCAGGAUAUUUCCAAAUUAAAGAUCACAGAGGACAACGUUCUAUAAUAAAACAGUUUGAGAAUGACCGGGUAGAUUCUUUUUAUCUGCUGUUCUUACAUGUGACAUCAAGCAGGUCGCCUCACCAGCUCGUCCCUGUUUCAUCACCUGUGCAGUUGCGGGUAAUGUUUGUUUGUGUGUGUAACCAAAGUAAUAAAGGAAAGGGAGUUAGCAACAUAGGUCAUCUGAAUGUUACCUUCUCCACCACAGCAGGCUUUGAACAAGACAUUGGACAAAAAUCAGCCAGGAAGCCUUUAGCUGUAUUUCAACUUGGCCUAUGGUUAGAGCAAUGGACUGAAUAACCUCUUUAUUUCCCUCCUUGAUAAACCAACUUUUUAGCUAUGUUCCUCACCAAUUCAAAAUCUACAAAUGAAGAACAGUUACAGAAGAGUUGAGAUUUGAUAAACUCAAAGAUAAGAACUCAAAUGUAAACCUGUGCUGUCACUGCCUGGGUGCUGGUGGCUGAAUUUUCAGCUCAGCAUCU